GCCUUAAGGGACUCUUCGUCAGGAGAGGAAGGUGGUGGCGCCCAAGGUCGAACUAAUGCAGCCACCGACAAAAGUACUUUGGCUUCCGCGAAUACUAUUGGCCUUGGCGUUGGAGAGGAACAGCAGACUCGAAUCGCCAACUUUGAGGAGGCUUUCAAAAAAAUUAAGGAAGCAACCGGUGUUUCGGAUCUUAACCAAAUAGUCGAGCGUUUCGAAGGCCAAGGUGAGAAGCUGGAGCAUUUGCUAGUGCUAAAGGAAGAGGCAGAAAAGAAGAUCUAUCAGCUUCGAGAUGAAAGAGAUCACUUAAAGAAAGAACUAGAAGAAACAAAGUAUUUUGGCGAAACAGAGCUUUCUGGGUAA